CCAACUGUCCACCUACCCACCAACUGUCCACCCACCAUCUUCUCUCUCAUUUUGCCAUUGAAGACUCAGACAUGUAGUAUGCUUAAGCCCAUUGUAACAUUAGAGCUUUGAACAAAAGUGCAAUUGCUUGCCCUCCAGGUUCUGUGCAUGGAACAGUCUAGUGGAUGGGCCAUCACAACAAGCCCUGGAGUAAAUCCUAAUGGUUUGAUUAAUACGACUUAUUACUAUAGGCAAAACAGGAUGCUUUGCUCUGCCACUGCUUCCUCCAUCCUUGACCUAUCACCACAACACCUAGGAAUGUGCCCCACAUUUUGCUCUGUAAAAGAACAGCAUCACCUCCUGCUAGAUAGUAGCUGUCCACUUUGGGAGCUGUGAUGCUCUGCAGGACUUGUUUGGCUCACUAAUCUUCUGUCCUUAUAUUUUGCCUGAAGUUUUCCAUAAAGAUGAAACUGAGCUUUAUCUGUCAGGAAAGAAUGAAAUGAUCCCUAAGGUUAGCAAAGUGCUUACAGACCCUUUGGGAAGAAAAGCGCUACGUAAAUAGAAGCUGAUUCCUACAGGUUAUUAAUAGACGGAUCUCAAAAGUAAUGUGCAAACUACAAAGGAAAUAUCAUUCUGAAUUAAAUUACCAUAAUUUUUUUCAUUGCUGUCUCUUUUCAGGAGACCUGGAUAAUACUGCUAACAAUGACAGGUUGAAUAAAAGACAGGGUUUGUGUGGGCCAGAGGUGGGAACAGAGCAGACUAAUUAUAUCUUUUUUAACCUUUGCAUGCUUCUGGAACUGGGCAGGAUAAAAAUGAAUUCUGUAUCUAGCAACUGAGCUGUUAUCCCAGUGGAGGCUACAGUGGUACCCAGGUCAUUCAGAAACAAGACUGAAGCUGUCCUAUUUCUUCUGGAUCUAAGUACUUAACAAAACAUCAAAUAAAACGGGCAUUUUCUGCAUACUUAACACAAGGCUCAUGUGGUUAUCCCACGGACAAACCAAAACAGAUUCAUCUUAUUUGCUUUCACCUCAGCAAUGCAGAAGGUGAAAGGCAAGCACUGCAGUGGUACAGCAGAACUGGAAGUGAUAUUUUUCAGUGUAUGGUUCGAAACAUCCUGGGUUUAAAAGGUUAAAAAAGAUGACACUGCCAUUGCAGUCACUCAGAUGUGUCAUUUAAACAUUUUAUCAUGCGAUAUUUAUUCCACUUCUAAUAUGUGUUUUGACGUGAAGUUUUGUUCAAAGGUUGUAACCCAAUGGGAAGGUGUGAAGGGGCCUUCAAAACCUGUAUCCCUCAGCAAGGUAGCGGGUGUCUGGUCAGGAAGAGGAAGAGCCUCUUUGUGAGCAUCCAUUGUGGACAUAUGGAUACACUUGUUCCCAUAAAAUAAGGAGCAUUUUCUCUCUGAUCAUACCUUUCUUCCCAAAAAUUCAAGCUGCAAUUCAAGCUAUGUGUUCUAUUAUUGAUCGCCUAUAGCUCUACCUCUUCAAUGGGUUUAUGACAAAAAUUGAACUCAUAUCUCAAGAAAAGAACUUGACCCUUCAGUGCUGAAUUUUUUCCAAACUGAAUUCUUACAGUUCAGCAGCACCGUCAGAGCCCCACAGCAAAUUGAAGUUCUCUAUAAUGUGCAGAGGGCUUGUCACGAGCAGAGCUUUGUGUGUUAUAACAGUUCAGUCAGUCAGUCCCUUUCCCAGUUGAGCUUCUGGGAGCUGAACUCUGGAGAGUGAAUGAGGUAACAUAAGAAUCUGAACCCAGAUUUCUCUCAGCUUGUAUUAGUUUCCUAUGUCAAAUUUGUCCAGUAUGGUAUUUAUUAACUGAGUAGUCCUAGACAUGGAAAGGCUUUACAACUUCUGCAGCCUGAACUUGUUUACCUAAUUCAAGAAUGUUGGCAUCUUCUUAAUUUUGAAUUAAGUCAGUGUUUUGAAAAGAGGUCAUAGAAUGUGUUGUGUUUGGUUGUUACUGACUUAGAGAAGAGGAAAGAAUGAUAUUUCACUGGAACAGUAUUGUCUGAUGGAGUAUAAAAGACUCUGUUAGCUUAAAUUUCCUCACGCUUAACCUGAUACCUCAGAGAUGAGUAGCCACAGUUUCUUUAGGUAGUGCAGAAAAAAACAAACCACUGAAAAUGAAGUAGAAAUACUGUGCUGAGUAUUUAGCGAGAUAAAUUAUGUUGUAAUUUUGUAAUGAAUUUUGUAAUGAUUUAAAUGCUGAGUGUUGGAUAAUCUGCUGCCACCUGAGUGACUCCUUACUAAGCUGCUAAUAGUGGCCAAAUUAAGCAGUAGUCAGUGCCAGUACCUGUAAGAAAGCCAAGUCAGUUUUUUUAAGACAUCCCAAUAUAGCAUAUUAGUUUAUAAAUUGGAUAUAGUGUGUAACAUUAAUGCUUGUGCUAGGAAUUAACCAGUCUUAAUGCCAUUAUUUCUUCUCUAGAGCUAUCUGUCAUUUACCUGCUGACAUGAUCUUCAAAAGAAAACCUGUUCUGGAGACCUCAUCACCACUGAGAGAGACAAGCAUCCAUGAUGGUACCUAUAUGUCCUGGAUCUGGUCAAUGGACACCGUAGCACUCAGAAUGCAGUCGGUUUGUCAGAGAUUUGGUGCCUGUUCCACAUGUUUGAACAGACAACUGAAUGGCUUCUUGGCUCUCAUUAAAUGGCAGAAGAAUCUGGUCCCUGCUUGUGUCAGAACUAUUUACAGUGAGACGGGAAGAUGGGAGAAAAACUAUGGGCAGGAGACAAGGAGAAGAGUGGAAAACUGGUGGUUCCCAAGAGUAAAGGAGCAGUUCUGCAGAAUUUCAGAAACAGAUAAAUCAAGACCAAAAUUUUAUGUGCUUUCUAUGUUCCCAUAUCCUUCUGGAAAACUUCACAUGGGUCAUGUUCGUGUCUACACCAUCAGUGACACUGUUGCUCGGUUCCAGAAGAUGAGGGGGAUGCAGGUGCUAAAUCCAAUGGGAUGGGACGCAUUUGGUUUACCAGCAGAAAAUGCAGCAAUUGAGCAUGGUCUUCACCCUGCAAGCUGGACACAAAGUAAUAUUCAACACAUGAGGGAACAGUUUGAUGCAUUAGGUCUGUCUUUCACUUGGGAAAGGGAAGUAACCACUUGUUUACCAGAGUACUACAAAUGGACGCAAUACCUCUUUCUUAAGCUUUUUGAAUCUGGGAUAGUGUAUCAAAAAGAGGCCUUGGUCAAUUGGGAUCCAGUAGAUCAAACUGUUCUAGCUAAUGAACAGGUGGAUGACAAUGGUUGUUCGUGGCGUUCAGGAGCAAAAGUGGAACAGAAGUACCUCAAACAAUGGUUUAUCAAAACUACUGCAUAUGCAAAGGCUAUGUUUGAUGCUUUGUCUGACCUCCCUGAGUGGUAUGGUAUAAAAGAAAUGCAAGCAAAUUGGAUAGGUGACUGUGUUGGAUGCUCUUUUGACUUCUUGCUGAAGGUUAACGGUGAAGUAACGGGAGAGAAGCUGGCUGCUUACACCUACACUCCUGAAGCCGUUUAUGGCGCUUCCCACUUACAUAUCUUACCAAGCCACAGACUGCUGCAUGGAAAUAGCAGUUUGAAGGAAGUCUUUCAGAGGGAGUUCAUCCCAGGGAAAGACUCGCUCACAUCCGUGACAGCUGUGAACUUGCUUACCGAUCAAGAGAUUCCUGUAGUGAUCUCAGCAAAAACAAGUUUUGAGAAUUAUCUUGAUACUAAAAUAGGAAUUCCUAGUACUAGUGCAGAAGAUGCUGCGGUAGCGAGGAAUCUGAGCAUUUCUUUCACUGAAGUCAUUGAAAAACUGCCAAACGGUUUGGAGAAAGUCAUUAAUUCUGGGGAGUUCACAGGCAUGACUCGACAAGAUGCUUUAAAAGCUCUUACCCAGCUUGCCAAAAAGAAAGGAAUAGGUGGGGACCUAAUGAGUGACAAAUUAAGGGACUGGUUAAUAUCUCGACAGCGGUACUGGGGAACACCUAUUCCUGUCAUCCACUGCCAAACAUGUGGAACUGUCCCAGUGCCUUAUGAAGAUUUACCUGUGGUGCUGCCCAAUGUAACCACUUUUACAGGGAAGGGAGCCUCACCUUUAGAAACUGUUCCAGAAUGGGUGAACUGUGCUUGUCCAAGAUGUAAGGCAGAAGCUCGGCGAGAAAUUGAUACCAUGGAUACAUUUGUGGAUUCUGCUUGGUAUUACCUGAGAUACACAGAUCCUCACAACACUGACAGGCCCUUUAAUCGUGAUUUGGCGGACUACUGGAUGCCUGUGGAUUUGUACAUUGGAGGCAAGGAGCACGCAGUUAUGCACUUAUUCUAUGCGAGGUUUUUCAGCCAUUUUUGCCAUGAUCUAAAGAUGACCAAGCACAAGGAGCCUUUCCACAAGCUUUUGGUUCAAGGCCUUAUCAAGAAUCAGACAUUCAGACUAAGAACAACAGGCCAAUAUUUGAAGAGAGAGGAGAUUGAUCUCACUGGCACUGAACCUGUUCACCUGAAAUCUGGUGAGAAAGUCCAAGUCACUUGGGAAAAAAUGAGCAAAUCUAAGCACAAUGGAAUAGAUCCUGAAGAACUAAUGAAGGAGUAUGGCAUCGACACCAUACGUCUUUACAUUCUGUUUGCUGCUCCUCCAGAACAAGAUAUUUUAUGGGAUACUAAAACUGAUGCUAUGCCAGGUGUUCAGAGAUGGCAGACUCGCCUCUGGACACUUGUAACCAAACUUAUCGAGGCGAGGACUUCGGAAACCAUGCCCAAUCCUGAGCUUCUGAGUAAGAAAGAAAAGGCUGAAGCCAGAAAGAUCUGGGAGCAAAAGAAUCUUGUAAUUUCUGAGGUAACAGAGUACUUCACAAAGGAUCAUUUGUUUAAUGCAGCUAUUUCUCGACUGAUGAGCCUUUCUAAUGUACUCCAUCAAGCUUCUUGGCCUCUUGUUCUUCACAGUGCAGAAUAUGAAGAUGCUUUGGCUACGCUCUGCAUUAUGGUUGCACCUAUGGCUCCACACAUUGCAUCAGAGAUGUGGAAAGGUCUGGCGCAUAUAGAGAAUAAACUUUGCACUCAUCAUAACUGGGGUGCUGAUGUUCUGCAUCAGUCCUGGCCCAAAGUAGACCCAGAAUACCUUCAACCACCAGAUGUAGUGGAGAUGUCUGUUCUGAUCAAUAACAAAGCCUGCGGCAAAGUUUUUGUGCCUCAGCAAGCAGCCCGCAACUUUGCAGAAGUCCAUGAGCUGGUUCUUCAAAGUGAACUUGGAGCCAAGCAUCUCCAGGGACGGACCAUUAAAAAGGCCUUUCUGUCUCCAAGAACUGCCCUUAUCAACUUCUUAGUGCAAGAGUAAGACUUUGCUGGGCUGCGAAAGAGAACUGGAAUCUUUCAGGAUGAAAGCAAUUCAAAACACCAAUGAUGGCUAUUUAAAUCUCAUAUAACGGUGGGGGAGAAAUGUUAACAGAAUUAGGCUGCUGCUGAAUAUUUGUUUCAACAAGGAGGAAUGUACAGAAUUAAAGUUUCUUAUCAAGUCAUGGUAAGAUGCAGUUUGUCCAUAUUCUCUGGGUGAAUGAGAAGGAAGUACAAAAGAACUAAGUAAUUGUAAUAGAAAGUAAGUGCUAUAAAGCAUGUGGGUUUUAGGUCAGCCUCAGGAAUCUAUCCUAUUUGAAACCUGGCUUGGACAAAUGCAGAGACAUAAGUAUGAUUCCAGAACUAAACAGCUGCCAUGAGUGUGUGCUGUACCAGAUGUCAGGUGUCAGUCCAUCUCUGCUCCACGUGUCUCACGCUUAGAUAACCUACCAUUAAUCAGCACUUUCAGUAACAACGUUUUCUAACAACUUAGUGUUAAUUAGCACUGGCUAAUGGCUUUAUUCAUAAUAAAUAGCCAGAAUGGGCUGAGUUGAUCUAUUUCACAUGCAUUUCAGUGGCAAGCCAAGAAACCAGUCAGAUGAUAUAGCUGAGCCCUGCCUUAGCCAGGAUCCUCCUUACUUGCUAGCAUAUUUUUGUUGAUUCAUACAUGGGAGAGUCAAAUUCCACAAUGUGCUGACAAUUGUUUCUGCACAGAGCAAAUGGAAGUGACUUCCCACUCAUGAGCCAUCCUAGAGUCUGUGGGGGGAGUUGAGAAAGGGACAAGUCAAUGACCAGUAACACAGCGGUAAAGGCAGCCGCUGUGCUUUUUGUUUCCACUGUGCCUAGAUCAUAAAACUUCAAUUAACGUUCACUGGUUUGGGUUUUUUGUUCAUUUGUUUGUUUCGGAGGGGUUCUUUAAGUAGAACAAUCAGUCACAUUUCUAAAAGUCAGAUGUCUGUAAAACACAGAGCUUUUCUCAUGCCUCAUCCCAGCCAUAUUAUUUGCGCACUGUUACUGUUACAUCCACAUGGAAAUGCUUAUGGCAUUUAACAAGUGCUUGAAGAAGGUUUUCAAAGGAGACAGUUGCAGGGUUCAUUGUGUGAGCAUGCCUCUUCUUUACAACCAUUAAAACAGGCCAUUUAUGAGCCCUUCUGACACUUAAAGCAGGAGCUAGUCAAAUAGAGAGGUCUGUUAACCCUCCAGUCCAACAGCCGUUCAGUGUAUCAGACUAAACAAAAACCAACAAAAAUAUCCCACAAAACAAUAUUUAAGUCCAAUGGAUCCUGAGCAAGUAAAGUCAAGAUAGAUUCUUUGAAGUGUCAUCACUAAGAAGUAGCAGAAAUCAGUUUGGUUAUAAGUUUUGGCAGCAAAGAUCUGGCUACGUAAUGGAGAUUUCAGGCUCAGUGAGCCCAAAUGUGCAACAAAGCUUUUGUGACUUCUGCUUCCUUCUGGACCACAGUGGUGCACAUUUUUCCUUCAUCAGCCCUUUGACACAAGAAUGACUAAGAAAUAGAAUAUUUUAUAACGAAGAUACGGUCUCUGCAGUUUUAAGACUCCCUGAAUCUUAGCCACAAAGGAAUGCAUUCAGACAUUUAAACACAGGCCUUUAGUUGGAGUUAAAAUAAUUUGAAUUCCAAUGUCUGCCUGACAUAUAUGUUGUUAUAAAUUGAUAAAACUCCUGUUCAGAAGUCCCUGAAAGACUGUGAAAGGGAUCUUUUAAAGCAAAGUUUGUAGCCCAAGCACAUUCCUGCUUUUUCCAUAUAAAAGUUUAAGGCUCCCUGUGGAACCAUUCAAACAGAGAUUUCCUGUGGGGAAAGGUGACAUGUUUGGUGUAAACAAAAACCCAACCAAACAACAAAAAACAUCGUAAUAUUUUCAAGGAUGAAGAAAGACGCUGUAAGCCCAGCAGCCCUACGGUGCCUUUAAACAAAGGCUGCAGUCACUACGGGGCUGAGCAGCAGACCACAGUGUUUACUGCUGUUAGUACUGGUUAUAUUUACUCUUGCAGGAGG